UUUGAAGGUGUUUUGUAGUGAGGUUGUAUUCAUUCAUAGAGCAAUCCAAACCACGUGACCCAAUAUGGCGGCGUAGGGCAAACAAUCUAAUUAUUGUCAUAAGAGUCACAGCAUACCUAUGCUGUGUAAGAGUAUCAAUAUCAUUGGUUUUGGUGUCGUUCGCUAUUGUGGAGUGUUUCUUCACAUUUUUGGAGUUUUUGUGGUGUUUAAAUUCAAUCAAAAUGGAAAGUGAAUACUUGAAAUCACUAUUGCUGAACAGCAGAGACGUUGCUAAACGAUAUAUAAUGAAGUUGAGAUUGGUCAAUGGUUUAGACCCUUUCUCAUUGAAUGUUUCUAAUUUGGAUUAUUCAAUUGAUGGUGUUCCUCCAGUUGCAUAUGUGGAUAUUGCUUCGUAUUUGGUUUUUACCCACAGUUUUUAUUCACAUGUGCAGAUGAAGGCAUAUAAAGGUUUGGAAUUGUAUAAAUAUAUUGAAUCUGACAUCGUUGUGAAGGUGGGAACAAAGAUUGAGAACAAUUUAAUCAUUUUUGUUGGACAGGACAAGCAUUCACAGAAAGCAAAUGCGAAACCUUUAGAUGUUUGGUGCAUCAUAGCAAAAUAUGGAAGCGUACUUUUAUGGCCGGAGACAGUGAAGUUUGUAGUCACGUUGACACCAUAUUAUUUGCUGGUGAUUAUGCAAAUACCAAGAAAGCGGCAAUGUCAUGCACAGAUAUAGAAGCUGUGUGGCCAAUGCCAUCCAUGACACAGAUGUUCCCAAUUGUACCAGUACAUGAAAAUUUGUGAAAGCAGCCACGAGUUCUAGCCAUGGAUUUGUUGAAGCGUCGCACGAGACCCGACUAUCAGCGGCUCCCAAAAUGAGGAUCAAAUUCGUGGCCAGCAAUGACUUUACUCAAUGACCUCAAAAAAAAAUCCAUAAUUCCGUCACAUCAUCCGUGAGUGGGGAUUUUUUUCUUCGAAUAUAUUCACUGAUGCAUACAGAACAAAUCUCAUAUUUUGGAAUAUUUUGUCACGGAGAAAAUUAACCUCCACUCCCAAGGCCGUAGCGAAAAUAAAAACCAGGGGGGGGG